AGUUGAUGGCUUCAGGACGAGGACGGAUAAAGAAUGGACGAUAAACAGACUAUAAUAUAAACAGAUACUUAAAAAAAACAAAAACAAAGAACUAUAACAUAACGCGCUUUCGUUCUGUGUAUACUCUGAACACAGUUAUUUAAGACAAUCAGAUUGAAAAGUUAACAUUAGUCAAAUUAGUUAAUACUUUGUGUGCUUAUCACGAACAACACGCAGGUUUGCAAUCGUCCGUCGUGCGUUUGCAAUAUAAGCCGUUGUGUAUCCAUACUGUGAUUGUCAAUAGCAAUGUCCGGUGAGUGUGGAGGGAGGCAGGUGUAGGCUGACUCCAGUCAUGUGCGACACCGAUGAGAAUCUCAACAGCGAUGCCCGGGAGCUGGACCCCAGCGAGGGGGAGGAGGGGGGCGGGCGAGGGCCCUGGCAGAUGUCCAUGGAGAUGAAUGGGGUGAGCGGGGAGGGAGGCAAGGGGCCAGGGAUGAUGAACGGCACAGACACCCUGAACUCCACCAGCUCCUCGGCCGCGGCAGCGCACAGGAAGAAGCCGCAGUACGGGAAGAACAAGAUGCAGGGGAGCACGGCCGCCAACCGCGCCCCGCGAGCCCUCUUCUGCCUGAGGCUGAACAACCCCAUUCGCCGGGCAGCCUUGUCCAUCGUGGAGUGGAAACCCUUCGAUAUCUUCAUCCUGUUGGCCAUCUUCGCAAACUGUGUGGCGCUGGGCGUGUCCAUCCCCUUCCCUGAGGACGACUCCAACUCAACCAAUCACGACCUGGAGCAAGUGGAGUACGUGUUCCUCAUCAUCUUCACCAUCGAGACCUUCAUGAAGAUCCUGGCGUACGGGCUGGUCAUGCACCCCAGCUCCUACAUCCGCAACGGCUGGAACCUGCUGGACUUCGUCAUCGUCAUCGUGGGGUUGUUCAGUGUAGUGCUGGAGCAGGUCACUCACAAGCCUGGCGAGUCUCCUCACAUGGGAGGCAAGCCGGGCGGGCUGGACGUGAAAGCACUGCGGGCAUUCAGAGUGCUGAGACCCCUCCGACUCGUCUCCGGAGUGCCCAGUCUGCAGAUCGUGCUGAACUCCAUCAUGAAGGCCAUGGUCCCUCUGCUGCACAUCUCCCUGCUGGUCCUGUUUGUCAUCAUCAUCUAUGCCAUCAUUGGCCUGGAGCUGUUCAUAGGAAAGAUGCACAAGACUUGCUUCUUCAUUGGCACAGAUAUAAACGUGGAGGAUGACCCCGCCCCCUGUGCCUUCGCGGGUCACGGGCGGCAGUGCCUGGUGAACGGGUCGGAAUGCCGCGGGAAGUGGGCGGGGCCUAACGGCGGCAUCACAAACUUCGAUAACUUCUUCUUCGCCAUGUUGACCGUGUUUCAGUGCAUCACCAUGGAGGGCUGGACUGACGUGCUGUACUGGAUGAACGAUGCCAUGGGUUACGAGCUGCCCUGGGUUUACUUCGUCAGUCUGGUCGUCUUCGGGUCUUUCUUCGUACUCAACCUUGUAUUGGGAGUGCUGAGCGGAGAGUUCUCGAAGGAGCGAGAGAAGGCAAAGGCGCGGGGAGAUUUCCAGAAGCUGAGGGAGAAGCAGCAGAUGGAGGAGGACCUGAGCGGCUACAUGGACUGGAUCAGCCAGGCAGAAGACAUCGAACCAGAGAACGAGGAGGAGGAGGAGGGGGAGGAGGGAAAGAGACGCGUGACCUUGGCUGAUCUGUCUGAUAAGAAGAAAGGGAAGCUGGGAUGGUUCAGUCAUUCCAACGAAACACACGCGAGUCUGCCCACCAGUGAGACAGCAUCCGAGAACACAGAGAAUGUGGAAGAGGAGCACACAGACUGCUGUGCAGGCUUCACGGAGGAAAUGAUGAAGCACAAAGUCUGCCGGCAGUUUCGGCGGUGGAACCGCGCUUGCCGGAGGAAGUGUCGGGUCGCUGUGAAGUCGGUGACUUUCUACUGGCUGGUGCUGCUGCUGGUGUUCCUGAACACACUGACCAUCGCAUCAGAGCACUACAACCAGCCUGACUGGCUGGGGCAGAUACAGGACAUCGCUAACAAGGUGCUGCUGUCUCUGUUCACGGUGGAGAUGCUGUUGAAGAUGUACAGUCUGGGGCUGCAGGGUUACUGCGUGGCCUUCUUCAACCGCUUCGACUGCUUCAUUGUGUGCGGAGGCAUCGUGGAGACCAUCCUGGUUGAGCUGGAGGUCAUGCCCCCGCUCGGCAUCUCCGUGCUGCGCUGCGUCCGGCUGCUGCGCAUAUUCAAGGUCACCAGACACUGGGCCUCUCUCUCUAACCUGGUGGCGUCUCUGUUGAACUCGAUGAAGUCGAUCGCCUCCCUGUUGCUGCUUCUCUUCCUCUUCAUCAUCAUCUUCGCCCUGCUCGGGAUGCAGCUGUUCGGGGGCAAGUUCAACUUUGACGAGACACAGACCAAGAGGAGCACCUUCGACUCCUUCCCCCAGGCUCUGCUCACUGUCUUCCAGAUCCUGACCGGUGAGGACUGGAACGUCGUGAUGUAUGACGGGAUCAUGGCGUACGGAGGACCGUUUUUCCCGGGAAUGAUCAUCUGUAUUUACUUCAUCAUCCUCUUCAUCUGCGGAAACUAUAUCCUGCUCAAUGUGUUCUUGGCCAUCGCUGUGGACAACCUGGGAGACGCUGACUGCAUCAACGCAGACACCAAGAAGGGGAAGGGGGAUGGGAAAGCUGAGGGAGAGGAAGCCAGCGAAGAGGUCAAGGUGAAUGUCGAUGAGUAUGAAGAGGAAGGUAGCGAGGGUGGAGAAGAGGAAGACGCAGUAUCAGAGACACAGUCGGAAUCCAACAUUGAGGAGGAUGGUGUAUCGGAGACCCAGAGCUCUAACAUCAACAAGCUGGCUGACUUUGCCCCCAAGGAGAAGGUCGUACCCAUCCCAGCGGGAAGCGCCUUCUUCUGCCUGAGCCAGACCAACUGUUUCCGAGUCGCCUGCCACACUCUGAUUAACCAUCACAUCUUCACCAACCUUAUCCUCGUCUUCAUCAUCCUGAGCAGCAUCUCAUUGGCUACUGAGGAUCCAAUCAGAGCGCACUCCUUCAGAAACCAGGUGCUGGGUUAUGCUGACUAUGCCUUUACCUCCAUCUUCACUGUGGAAAUCUUACUCAAGGUGACGGUGCACGGAGUGUUUCUGCACAAGGGCUCCUUCUGCAGGAACUGGUUCAACCUGUUGGACCUGCUGGUUGUCAGUGUGUCCCUCAUCUCCUUCUUCUUACACUCCAGCGCAAUCUCAGUAGUGAAGAUCCUGAGAGUGCUGAGAGUGCUCAGACCUCUGAGAGCCAUCAACAGGGCCAAGGGGCUCAAGCAUGUGGUUCAGUGUGUGUUUGUGGCGAUUAAGACCAUCGGUAACAUCAUGAUAGUCACCACCCUGCUGCAGUUCAUGUUCGCCUGCAUUGGGGUGCAGCUCUUCAAGGGUAAAUUCUACAGAUGCACCGAUGAAGCCAAGCACACUCCAGACCAGUGCAAAGGCACCUUCAUCGUGUACAAGGACGGCGAUGUCCUGCACCCCAUGGUGAGGGAGCGGGUCUGGCACAACAGCGACUUCAACUUCGAUAACGUGCUGGCGGGCAUGAUGGCGCUGUUCACUGUGUCCACCUUCGAGGGCUGGCCCGCGCUCCUGUACAAAGCGAUCGAUGCGAACGCAGAGAACGAGGGCCCAGUCUACAACUACCGCGUGGAGAUCUCCAUCUUCUUCAUCAUCUACAUCAUCAUCAUCGCCUUCUUCAUGAUGAACAUCUUCGUGGGCUUCGUCAUCAUCACCUUCCGGGACCAAGGAGAGCAGGAGUACAAGAACUGUGAGCUGGACAAGAACCAGAGGCAGUGUGUGGAGUUCGCCCUGAAGGCACAGCCUUUGCAGCUCUACAUCCCCAAGAACAAGCUCCAGUACAAGUUCUGGUCCAUGGUGAACUCGACCGGGUUCGAAUACAUCAUGUUCAUCCUGAUCCUGCUGAACACCAUCACCCUGGCCAUGCAGCACUAUGAACAGUCUGAACCCUUUAACUAUGCCAUGGAUCUCCUGAACAUGAUCUUCACUGGCCUCUUCACCGUGGAGAUGAUCCUCAAACUGCUCGCCUUCCGACCCAAACACUAUUUCAUGGACGCGUGGAACUCGUUUGAUGCUCUGAUCGUGGUCGGCAGCGUGGUGGAUAUCGCCGUCACUGAAUUCAAUAACGGGGGUGAUCUCGGUCACGAGAGCGCGGAGGACAGCUCUCGAAUCUCCAUCACUUUCUUCCGUCUCUUCAGAGUGAUGCGAUUGGUCAAGCUGCUGAGCAAGGGGGAGGGCAUUCGAACCCUGCUGUGGACCUUCAUCAAGUCCUUCCAGGCUCUGCCGUACGUCGCUCUUCUGAUCGCGAUGAUCUUCUUCAUCUACGCUGUCAUCGGGAUGCAGACGUUUGGUAAGAUUGCCAUGCAGGACGGCACUCAGAUCAACAGGAAUAACAACUUCCAGACAUUCCAACAGGCUGUGCUGCUUCUGUUCAGGUGUGCGACGGGGGAGGCCUGGCAGGAGAUCAUGCUGGCCAGCCUGCCGGGGAAGCGCUGUGACCCCGAGUCGGACUAUGAGCCGGGGGAGGAGUUCACCUGCGGGAGCACCUUCGCCAUCGUCUACUUCAUCAGCUUCUUCAUGCUGUGCGCCUUCCUGAUCAUCAACUUGUUUGUGGCCGUCAUCAUGGAUAACUUUGACUAUCUGACGCGUGAUUGGUCGAUCCUGGGGCCGCAUCACCUGGACGAGUUCAAGCGGAUCUGGUCGGAGUAUGAUCCCGAGGCAAAGGGUCGUAUUAAGCACUUGGAUGUUGUGGCUUUGCUGCGCAGGAUUCAGCCCCCCCUGGGAUUCGGGAAGCUGUGCCCUCAUCGUGUCGCCUGCAAGAGGCUGGUGGCGAUGAACAUGCCUCUGAACAGCGACGGCACGGUCACCUUCAACGCCACACUCUUCGCUCUCGUCAGGACCGCACUGAAGAUCAAAACCGAAGGUAACCCAGAGCAGGAGAAUGAGGAGCUCCGCAUCGUCAUCAAGAAGAUCUGGAAGAGAAUGAAACCCAAGAUCCUGGACGAGGUCAUUCCUCCACCCGAGGACGAGGAGGUGACUGUGGGAAAGUUCUACGCCACGUUCCUGAUCCAGGACUACUUCAGGAAGUUCCGGAAGAGGAAGGAGAAAGGCAUGCUGGGAGAGACGGAGCCCAGCAACUCCAACACACUGCAGGCUGGGCUGCGCACUCUGCAGGAUUUGGGCCCGGAGAUUCGCUUGGCCAUGUCAUGUGACAUGGAGGCGGGGGAGGAGGCGGGGCCAGCAGAAGAAGACGACGCCCACUAUAAGAACGACAGCGUCUUCUCAAACCACUCUGACCAGCCCCCCCGGGCAGACGCAGCUCCCUGGCAACCCAGUCCACACACUCCACGGGCAGCGCCAACGGGGGCGGGGGGGGAGCAGGAGGGGGCGGGGGAGAGACCAUCUCCAACGGAGGGGUGGCUCACCGUCGGGGUCUCCAUCGUCAGCCUGCACAAGAGCCAGCCCACGGGACAGACCAUCAAGCACAGUGACACUGGGGGAGCAGAGGAGCCCACAGCCACACGCAGCCACAGCCAGCGCCCCCCCAGCACGGGUGCAGUGGACCGGCUCCCAAAGCCGCCUGCAGCAGGAGAGACUCCGGUGAGGGGGACCCCACUGCGUCUCGGAGGGAGGAAGUGAUCCUGGAGCAGCUGGGAGAGGAGACCUACUCCGGAGAGCAGGGAUACUACAGCAGAGAGGAGGACUCGGAGAGCACAGCAUCCAGAGAGAGGCAGCUCUGCACAGACGACCCGCCCCUUUACCCCGGACUCCGAGAACACAUCUAUGAUGGACAGGUGCCAAGCCCCACCCUCUACGGUGGUCACUAUGGCAACGGCUAUGGCGAGGGCCAGCGAGCAGCGAGGAGACGCCUGCUCCCCCCACACCCA